ACCAAUGAACAAGAGUUGUCAAACAACGCGCCAGUGAGAAAGAUUUAUACCAAAGUUGGUUUCGUUCGGGUAUAAAAACUACGACUUGGUCAACAAAAAACGAAUUGCAGUAUGCUAAACAUGCAGUUCGAAUAUUACAGACUGAGACGCAACAACUUCUAACUUCGUUCGACAUUUGAAGUUGCACACAGAACGUGUGUCAAGUAGGUGGGCGGAGCGUACUGAGUCUUCAGACAAGUCAAAACAGAGUGGAAUCUCCUCAGAGCAGCAAGAGUCCUUAUCAAGUCAAUAGCAGCAGAAGCAAGACGAAAAUAUCUCUCCAUCGAGAGGAAGAUGAAGCUAACAGAGAAACACCUCUACUGGUUGAUGCUCGCCAUCCCUCUGUGCUGCCUUGUGGACACCAUGAAUGGGAGGAAAGUGGACAAGGACACAGUUGGGGGCCAAGCGAGGACCAGACGGCUCUUUGCGAGACAAAAGACUUCACCGCCUGCGGAGGGUGUCAGUCCUAAACGCAAGACGGAGGUCGUAACCCCCGUGCGCCGCUGCAGCCUCCAGCGGGAGACCUGCUCCUCCUCUGUGCCGUGCUGCAACCCCUGCUCGGCCUGCCGUUGUCGCUUCUUCAACACCGUCUGCCACUGCUGGAAGAUGAAUCAUCCAUGCGUGAAGAGGCGUAAAACCCCGCGGAUGGGUAUUGGUGCGUAGGCGCCAUGGAGCCAUAUCCUGUAUGGCAAUGUACAGUACAUAUACUAUACUGUACAUUCUGUGUACUGGCUUUCUCUUUACUUCUCUUGUCUAUACUUUUUAGUCCCAAAAGAAUAAUCAAAAACAAAACUGACACAAUAAUGUUUAGCUGUGGUAUGCAAUAUGUAAUGUAAAAAAAUCAUACAACAUUUCAGUGGUAACUCGGUUUUUAUAAGUAAUCCAUAGUAAGUAAUCCCAGUCGCACAAAAUUGAAAUCAAGUUUUACUAUAGGAAAUAUUGCAAAUCCAAUUAAUAAGAAGAUAAUAAUAAUAAUAUUAUUAAUUAUUAUUAUUACAAUAGAAGUAGGGAUGUGAAUCUUACUACAACACGAUUCGAUUCGAUUCUCAUUAUUGGGGUGACGAUUCGAUUCAUAAUCGACUCUCGAUAUAAACUGAUUCUUGAAAUAUAUUAUUUGGUAUAAAAAUGAUGAUAAAAUAUUUUCAAAACAGGUUACACGUUACAAAAGCUACUCUUGGCUACUUGCCUAUGACGUAUACGCGUAGAGAGUAAGCCGGAGAUGGGCGGAAAA